AUGGCUAUCCUCUGGGAGAACGCUCUUAGCCAGCUUUCUUGCAUCCCGAAAGGAACCGUGCACUGGAAAAAGCUACAUCGCCAAUGCCCCCCACUCCAAAUCGAUCCAAAUAGUCAUCUUCCACUGGAUGUUACUUCCACAGAUCUGAUUGCUGGUACUUUGGGUACAGGACUAUUUCUAGGUACAGGGGGAGCCAUUCGCACAGCUGGGCCACUCGGUGCCUUGAUUGCGUUUGCCCUUGUUGGUUCUGUAGCGUAUUCGUCAUUAUGUUCACUUGGGGAGAUGACCUCCCUCGCACCGAUAUCAGGUUCAUUUCCUCACUUCGCCUCUCGUUGGGUAGAUCCUGCAUUGGGAUUUGCAGUGAGUGGCCUGCUUAAGUUUUACAUUCCCGUGGAAAUAUCCGGAGCACAAAUACUAAUCUCUUUGUGGGAUUCACAUCACGCUGCAGUUUAUACUGUAGUGAUAUGCAUCUUGAUAUGUGCCACCAAUGUGUUUGCCGGUUGUGUCACGUUGAUACUGAUCACUGGUCUCAUCAUCGUUGGCCUCGUCAUCGACCUCGGGGGAGCACCGAAUCACCAGCGACUUGGUUUUCAAUACUGGAAUAACCCGGGUGUUUUUGCUGGACCUGGAUUUGAACCUCGGUAUCCCGCACUUGAUAAUUUCCUUGGAAUAUUGAGUGUCAUCGCUCAAGCCGCAUUUGCUUACCAGGGAAUAGAGAUAGUAGCUGUUGCAGCAUCUGAAACGGAGAACCCACGGAGGAAUAUUUCCAAAGCUAUUCGCAGAGUUUUCUACCGAAUCCUCAUCUUCUACAUUCUCGGCGUUUUCGUUGCAGGACUCAUCGUACCUUCAAAUAGCCCAGACCUACUGACGGGAAAUGGUUUCUCUGCAAAGUCUCCAUUUGUGAUUGCGAUGCAGAAUUCAGGAAUAAAAGUGUUACCCGCUGUAGUAAAUGCAGGCUUCAUAACUAGCGCUUUUUCCGCUGGCAACUCGUUCCUUUUUUGUUCUUCGCGCAUUCUCUAUGGUUUGGCACUUCGUAAACAAGCACCCAGAUUCCUCACUAUCUGUACGAAGAAAGGCGUGCCUAUCGUGGCGGUGCUCUGUUCGAGCGUCUUCGCAUUUUUGUCUCUGAUGAAUAUAUCAUCAGGUGCAGAAACCGUGUUCAACUGGUUCCAGCAUCUCUCUGUAAUGGGUGGUUUUGUCGGCUGGCUUUCGAUCAAUGUAACUUACAUCUGUUUCUAUCGCGGACUGCGAUACCAAGGCAUCGACCGACAGAAACUCCAUUACUGGAAUCCCCUACAACCGUGGCUAUCCGUCUGGGGCCUGUUCUGGUGUAUAAUAUUUAUCCUAAUAAAUGGAUAUAGCGUGUUUUGGCAUUUUGUUGCCUCUACUUUCUUGACGUCAUAUCUUAACAUCCCGGUAUUCAUUGGAUUAUUUCUCUUCUGGAAAGUCACACGAGGCACGGUGAUGUGGAAACUGGAUGAGAUGGACUUUUCUACGGGUAUUCCCAGCUUUGAAGAAACAGAACGUCCUGAGAUUCCUCCGAAAGGCUUCUGGCAACACGUUGCUGCGGUACUUUUUUGA